AUGGCUGAAACAAAGUUGAAGGAUAAAAGAUGGUCGCUGGAAGGUAUGACUGCAUUAGUAACUGGAGGAACCAAAGGCAUUGGGUUCGCAAUUGUGGAAGAGUUAGCAGAAUUUGGAGCAGCGGUGCAUAUAUGUUCACGUAAGGAAGAUGAUAUUAACAAAUGUUUGGAAGAGUGGAAAAGAAAAGGGUUUAAUGUAACAGGAUCAGUCAUCACCUCAGGUAAGAACUUUCACUUUAUCACAACUUAUGAAGUAUACAUUCCCAAUUUUCAAAGAAAUAUAGAUAAAUAUGAUAUUAACAUGAACACUACAACAGAUGGAGUCAUUCUACCUGUUUGUGUGCCUAAAUUGGAACCAACUGUUGUGCUAUCUAAUUACACUCAUAAUGAUAUAUAUGCAAAGUUUCUCAACAAUUCAAAGUACACUGGAGUUGGACUUAAUUCUGAGGAUGAUUGGAUGGUUCUUGUUCUUACUACUACUACACCUACUGGAACUUUAUCUGCAGCAACUUCUCUUCAUGCUAAUCUUGUUUCGAUGGCUUUCUUGUUUGUGGUGAUUCUCAUCAUCAACUCCAAACCUUGA